GAAGAAUCUGGUGAAGUUCCUUCAAAUAAACGUAUUUAAAUUUGUUUGUUUGUUUGUUUGUUUUUUCGUUUAAGUUGGGAUAGAGAUUCGGUCCAUAGACUUUUAAGCCAAAGAUAAGCACCUUCACGUACACCACUCACCAGUCUCCAAAGCAACCCACUUCCUUUCUUGGGAAAAUAGGAUUUUCCAAGAAAGUUAUCUCUUAGAUGCUGAAUAUUGAUCAAGAAACAGGUACUACUGUUCGAGAAAUCAAACCAAAAAGCAGACGAAUCAUGGGAGAUAGAGGACCAGAAGAUGAAUAUGAUGAAAUGAAGUGGCCGCCAUGGCUGGUUCCACUGCUUCGAACAAGAUUUUUCGGUCAGUGCAAGCUCCACGCAGAUGCUCACAAGAGUGAAUGCAAUAUGUAUUGCUUGGAUUGCAUGAACGGUGCUCUAUGUUCCCUCUGCCUUGGUUGUCACAAAGGCCAUGCAGUUAUUCAGAUAAGGAGAUCAUCGUACCAUGAUGUUAUAAGAGUGUCGGAGAUUCAGAAACUGAUGGAUAUUUCAGGGAUUCAGACAUACAUAAUAAACAGUGCUCGGAUCGUGUUCUUGAACGAAAGACCACAGCCCAGGCUUGGCAAAGGCGUCACCAAUACCUGCCAUGUUUGCCACCGCAGCCUCCUUGAUUCCUUCGCCUUCUGCUCUCUGGGUUGCAAGGUGGUUGGAACAUCCGGGAAGAGGAAUAGAAUGUACAAAGAAGCAGACGAGUCGGAGGGUGAGUCGUUGAAUAUAACAUGUGUUAGCAAUGGGAGUGCAAGUUACAACGAACAUCAAGUUAGCUUUACGCCGUCAACACCGCCCCCGACGGCCAGACCUGCCCGGAGGAGGAAGGGAGUACCUCAUCGAGCUCCAAUGGGAGAUAUCAUUAUACAAUACUAAUGCAUAUAUAUAUAUAUAUAAUUAUUAU